CGCCGCCGGGAACUGCCACGUCCGAGGCUGGGAGCCGCCGCCGCAGCCAUGGUAUCAGUAAUUAACACUGUGGACACCUCCCAUGAGGACAUGAUUCCUGCAGGCUUCCUGAGCUGUCCUCCCUUUGCAGCAUGAUGCCCAGAUGGACUACUAUGGCACCCGCCUGGCAACCUGCUCAUCAGACAGGUCCGUCAAAAUCUUUGAUGUACGCAGCGGAGGGCAGAUCCUCAUCGCAGACCUCAGGGGUCAUGAGGGACCUGUGUGGCAAGUGGCCUGGGCCCACCCCAUGUAUGGCAAUAUCCUGGCGUCCUGCUCCUAUGACCGGAAAGUCAUUAUCUGGAAAGAGGAAAAUGGCACCUGGGAGAAGACGCAUGAGCACACGGGACACGACUCCUCAGUAAAUUCUGUAUGCUGGGCCCCCCAUGACUACGGCCUAAUCCUGGCCUGUGGGAGCUCGGAUGGGGCCAUCUCCCUGCUGACCUACACCGGGGAGGGCCAGUGGGAUGUGAAGAAGAUCAACAAUGCUCACACUAUUGGCUGCAACGCCGUCAGCUGGGCCCCUGCUGUUGUACCUGGAAGCCUCAUAGACCAGCCAUCGGGGCAGAAGCCCAACUACAUCAAGAAAUUUGCCUCAGGUGGCUGUGACAACCUCAUCAAGCUAUGGAAGGAGGAGGAGGACGGCCAGUGGAAGGAGGAACAGAAGCUGGAAGCACACAGUGACUGGGUUCGAGACGUGGCCUGGGCCCCUUCCAUUGGUCUACCCACCAGCACCAUCGCCAGCUGUUCCCAGGAUGGACGUGUGUUCAUUUGGACCUGUGACGAUGCUUCAAGCAAUACGUGGUCCCCCAGACUACUGCACAAGUUCAAUGAUGUUGUAUGGCACGUGAGCUGGUCCAUCACAGCCAACAUCCUGGCCGUCUCAGGUGGCGAUAAUAAGGUGACCCUGUGGAAAGAGUCGGUCGAUGGGCAGUGGGUGUGCAUCAGUGACGUCAACAAGGGCCAGGGUUCCGUGUCUGCUUCAGUCACGGAAGGUCAACAGAACGAGCAGUGACAAGACUGGCGGGGCCCAGCUCCCCACCUGCCAAUUCCCGGACUGCCCUUUCCUGGACCAACUGACCAAACAGCCAGGAGGAAGAACUCCAAAUUCCAACAAGAUUACUUUCCCAGGAAUAGUUAAAACUGCAACCAGAUUGAUCAUCUGCCUUAACAUGAUUUGAUAUGGUUUGUAAUUUACAGUCUGGCUGAAAGCACCCAUGCUAUGAGGGGAAAACUACAAAUGAUCUUCAAAUCUAUUAUUUUAAAUAUUUUUUGGCCAUUUUUAUGUACCUUUUGGGUUCAGGCAUUAUUUGGGUGUUGUUGUUUCCAAGUAAUUAAACAUGUUGUUUAUAAUUCUCCCUAUAUUCUCCAUAAAAACUUCAUUUUGACUCAAGACCAGGUCCCUGUUGGCCUGGCCAAACCCCACCCACAAAGCUGGUCUGUCCCUGUGUAAGCAUCCUUGUGAUUCAGUGUAUACAGAAGGUACCAGACAAGCACUGUAAAAGGAGUGCUAGACUUGGUCUCCAGUUCCAGGGAGUAUAACCCUGGCUCUGCUCCUGAUCUGAGUACACAUCCUCUUCUGUAGAAUGAGGUUAAUAAAGUCUGCCCUACAGAAUGGUUGCAAGACUCAAAUGAGCUAAUAUAUGUGGGUGACUCACAAAAUGCCAUGCAGAAUAAUACUAACCAAAUACCAGUAGGAAAGAGACUGGCCAGAAGAGAGGGCACACUUCAUUCAGUUUAUCGACCCUGUUAAAGGAGGGGCCUUGGUUCUGGUCCAAACUGACCCUGAACCAACUAUCAUCUCUCAGCAGAGGCCCUGGGACCCUCACCUGAAUCAGCAGUCACAGCAAUAGCUACCAUUUACUGACACCUGCUGUGAGCUGGCAGUGCAUGUAGCUUUCACACAUUAAGCAGCACCACAAACCUCUGGGUAUAUACCCCCAACUUACUGAGGAACUGGCACAGGUUAGAGACUGCCCAGGAUUGAUCACUGCCAAGUUGCUAAAGCCAGUGCUGAUCCCUGUUAACAUAUUCUUGACCAGCAAUUUUACGCAGAAGUUCCCUCAUGUCACCGGCUAUUUUUUCAUAAUUGCCUAUGA